ACAUUUCUUGCUGUCAGCGGUAAAGACGGAGCCGUUCUAUGGGAGUUGGGGACAACGGACGCUGUGAACCCGGUGAUGAACUUUUACACCCCCCAGUACAUUGGGGACAUAAACGGUGACAAUGUGGCAGACAUUGUUACAAUACAUGGCGGUGACCCGCUACAGGAGGCGGGCAGCGCCCACAGAUUGUCUGGAAGAAUAAUGAUAGUCAGCGGAAGGACAGGGGAAGUCGUUCGGUCGCUCGGCGUCCCUGACAACCGAGAGUCCUAUUACUCUCCUCAGCUACUGACUCAAGUCGAUGGCGUCCAGGUGAUGCUGUUUGGUACCGGUGGGGAGACACAUAACGGAUCGCUCUGGAGGGUGGAGGUUCAAAGCUUAAAGAAGGGCCUAAUGGAUAAGGCCAUUAAAAUGUCAUCUGACACCCACAAAGGGUUCAUGACACCUCCGUCAUUAGUUGACAUCACGCAGGACGGGGUCGAGGACAUCAUCAUCCCCAUGUUCAACUCCACCCUGCUGGCCAUAGAUGGCAGGACAUACUUGCCAGUUUGGUCGGUCAUAUUUCCCAUGUCAGAAUCUUACAGCACCCCUGCUGUUGGUUUCUACAAUGAUGAUGAUGUGCCAGAUUUUUUAGUGAAGUAUGCCUACGGACCAGGGUAUCCAGUUUACUAUUACUCAGAGACAACAGUGAUAGAUGGAAAAACAGGCAAGAAAUUGAUUGAUCCUCCCCUGCGAGACACAAUAGGAUCACAGUCCUCUCCCCUGUCCGUGGCCAUGGAGGGGGCGGGCAAUGAUGUUUUUAUAGUCUGGAUGGCUGACUGUAAAGGUCACGAGGGGUCAACAGAGGAGUUCAGUUUUGUGAAGGGGACAAAAGACCAUGAAAAGAGUAGGGCUAACCUAUGUCGACUGAGGUUCAAAUCCAAUGAAUACUCCAGACUGGUAGCUCUUGGUAGAAAUCUUCCAAAGCUUGGAGUUUCUAUUUAUAACUCAGAUGAUAGGAAGACUAUUGAACACAGCAAAUGGGUGAACACAACUGCUGAGGCGUACGAGUAUAUAAUGAAACAUCCAGAGUUUAUAAAUCAACUGGCGCCUUCAACGUGGGUGGGUGCCGAGGCAGACAAUGGUGAGUACCAACGCUCUGAGGCGCUGGACACCCCACCCGAGUACACAGACAGGCACAGAACCAGCUCCAAGAAGGGGCCAGGGGGAGGCGGCCCAGUCUCUGGCAGAAAGAAAACAUACAAACAGGGGUAUAUGGAUAACUCUGGAUACCCACUCAAGGGAGAUAAUGCUAAUUAUAAUCAAAUGGCUGGGUAUAACCAACCCCAAAACCAAGGGGUUUUACCGUAUGAUGAGUACGUGAUCCCAUACAAGGAUACGGGAAAGGGAUAUUAUGGAACGCAGUACGGGCCGUAUUUUUCUGGUGAUGAUACUGGUGACUACUAUAAGCAAGGAUAUCCUUAUAGGACUGCACGUAAAAGGACAGCGAAAAGAAAGCCUGUUGAUAUAAGGUCAAAGUUCAUGGCCAAGAGACAGUCAAGGGAGGGUAGAUGGAAGAGACAUGUGGGGCCUCACGAUGACGACGGACUGCAGCGGCUUCUGUCGACUGGAGUUCUGGCACCAACCACCCUGCCCCCCUCCCACCCUGACUACAACCGAUCCAUCGACAUCAUCUUCGCCACCUACUGGUUUUUCCCUGCCAACACCCACGCUAUCCUGCCACAAGAUCAGAAAUGUAUUGCAGAAAAAUUAGCGCAGGAGGGCGUGGUGCGCAACGUUGCUAGCAGUCCCUACUUCCAGCUGAGCCAUGAGGAGUAUGAAGAAGCCAUCACAAAAGAUUGUCUGAAACUCUCAGAUCACCUGGCUGAAGAGGAAGGAACUUAUUCCAACUCAGACGACGCCUACAACCCACUGGACCUAAACAUGGGACAGAUGACUGUAUACAGAUUGAGGCUAAAGUUCUCAUGUUCCAAGUUGGCCAACAGCACAGAAAGCAACGCACAAUGUGCAAAUCUUCUUCCUUUCUCUCAGCAGAAGUGGGGGGCCUACAUGGGGACAAACGGAGACAGCCAUUGGACGCUACCUAAAUUCUAAGGUUUGGAUAUGACAGUGUUAAAGGUGACAAGUACUUUACACUUACAAAAUUGUAAUGAUUAGAUAUGGCAGUUUUAAAGGUGACAUCUACUGAACACUAACAAAAUUGUAAUGAUUAGAUAUGGCAGUUCUAAUGGUGACA